AACAAAGAAUUCAUGUUGUUACAUAUGGUGUCAGAAGUGGGGGCAACAACAGUUGCUACAUUGUGAGCGUCUACUACUACUGUUACAUUGUCAGAAGCAAUUGAAGAAGUGUUUCUACAUUAUUAUCAGACGUGUUGAUACAUUGGAGUCAGGUGAUUGAAGAAGCUGAUACAUUAUUGUCAGAGAUGGUCAACAUUUGUUACUUUGUUGGCUGAAGUGGACGUAUACUCAAGUUGUUACACUGAUGUUGUUACAUUGAUGGAUUAGAUUGAAGUCAGAAAUCUUCAACGAAGUUACAGUGUUACCACAAGUGAUCAAAGAAUUGUCACAUUAUUAUUCUGUUCAAGUUUUUUCUAUAUGGAUUAGCUGUUCAAGUUCUUCUACUGUGGAUGAGCAGAUCUAGUUUAUUAAUUGUAAACUGUUCCUAAAGAUGUCUUAUCUAAAACUGGACACAUUUCUACUCUGUAACAGGCUACUAGAACUAUUUUGAAUUUUUUUCAACUUUUUGGAAUCAACAAAGUGAACUAUUUUUGGACGUAUAUAUGUACUAUGAACUUUUCUUUGAUUACCAGAUGUCUGUAAUCAACUGAACAAAGCCAGAAUACAAGAAAGGGUAUUGGUAAAUUAAUUAACACUUACCUAUUGUUAACUAAUGAAUUUAUAUUUUAUGUCAUAAAUAGAAAAUAUAUCAAAAUGUUAUGUUUUGAAGAAUAUCUAGCACUAGCGAGGGCGCAAGGCAUUAAGAAGAUGAAGAAGCAGAUAGCCUGGGCAAACACUCGAUUUGACAGAGACAUAGAAAAAGCAUUAGAAGCAUGGGACGAAGAAACAGGACGACCCCGACUAGCUCAUGGAAAAGUAAUAAGAGAAUUAGAUGAUGAGAUAGAAAUAGAGCGUAGUAGAUCAAGAGCUAUUACAGACAUGCAAAAAGAAGAAGAAAUGUCAGAUGGAGAUAAAGUAGAAGAGACUGUACAAUUAAAAGGAAAGCGAAAAAAAAGAAACAGAAAACAGAGAGCAGAUAAAAGGGCUGAAACUUUGGAAAAACAAGUUGGCCUACAUGAACUAGAAUAUAAACAAGAACUAUUAGAAAUGAAAGAUAUAACAGACACAAAUGAACCAAAAUUAGAAAGUGAACAGACAGAAUUUAAAGCAGAACUUGAAGAAGUAAAUAUUGGCAACCUUUGGAAUGAAGAACUAAGUAACAUAGUCCAGGAAGAAUUGAAACCCAAGGAAAAAACAGAGGUUGAACUUAAUAAUGAUUUAAAGGUGACAGAUACAUUAGAAUGUCUUAAGAUUGUCUCUUUAUUAAAUGAUACGCAGGUACACGAGAAUAUUAUUGAAAGUUGUAUCACAAGUCCAUCAGAGAAUGGCAGUCAACAAGAAACAAGUCCAUCAGAGAAUGGUAGUCAAAAUGAUUUAAUAAGCCCAUCAGUGAAUGGCAGUGAUGAUUUAAUAAGUCCAUCGGAGAAUGGCAGGAAUCAUGAUAAACUAAUGAUGAUUAAUGAAUCAGUGAACUUAAUAAGCCACAAUGAUGAGAACGUACCUAUUGAGGAGUUACUUAGAAAUCUGGAGUCAAACUAUAAAGAAGAUAUACUAGAACUCAAGAAUAAAUUUAACAAAGAAAUGGAGAAAUUAACACAUAAAUUUAUGUGUGAACUAGAAUCAAUAAAGAAGCACAAGGAAGUUACGAAAGAUGAAAUAAUACUCUGUAGGUAA